GAGAGGAGUUCAGCUACACCAGUGAGUCUCUUUUCACCCGACUAAAGAGCCAACCGCGCGUUUUGUACAAUCUAGAAAUUAAACUGAAGGGUUUUGUGCGGGAGGCGGCUUUCUUGAACCUACGUUACUAUUCAUUGUACCAUAAACAAUGGGUAAGGCCAAAGAUAGAUCUGUUAAAAGGAGACGAAGUCAGGAAGGAAGACGUGUAAGGGAUGUUGACUCCGAAUGGCUUCAGUGGGCGGAGUCACAGUUUGCAGAAAUCGCAGGAAAAGAUUCAGAUAUUGACAGGGAAAGCUUCAAGAACGCUUUGGGGAUACGAAAUGUGUUUUUUGCAGAUCGUUUCUUUGACAUGUUCGACGAUGACAACAGUGGUACGAUAUCGCAGGUCGAGAUGCUGAAUGGUUUGUUCCUCCUCAACGAAGGUACAACGGAAGACAAAAUCAAAUUCUUCUUCGACGUGUACGAUGCGGAUCAUACUGGGUUCAUCGAUAGAGAUGAGCUACGAUGCCUCGUGAAGACCGGGAUGGAGGAAAGUUCAGUGCGUCUCAGUGAGGUGAAGAUGGAUCACCUGACAGAUACCCUGUUUACGAGUGCCGACAAGGACAACAGCGGUACUAUCUCAUUUGAUGAGUUUAUGGGCUCCUUGAGGCGGUAUCCAGAUAUGAUCGACAACUUCUCCAUUGGAGCCACAGCUUGGUUAAGAUCUUCUGGUUCUAAAGCAACACACCGCAAAGAAAGUGGUUGGCUGACGCGAAAGGCCGUCUACAUUAGGAACAAUGUCAAGUUGAUUGUGUUCCUCCUCGCCAUUGUUUUAGUGAAUUGCGCCCUCUUCGCCUAUUCCGCGUAUCGGUAUUCGUUAGUACCAGACACUAAUGCGUUUUUAAUCAUUGCUCGUGGUUGUGGUAUGGCGUUGAACUUCUCCGGUGCAGUGGUAGGGAUUAUGAUGCUUCGUAAAGCCUUGAGUUUCCUGAGGUCGACUUGGUUGAUCCGUAUACUUCCCUUUGAUCAUACUAUUGGAAUUCACAAAAAACUUGGAUAUCUUAUUCUCACCCUGUCGUUCAUACACACAGUCUGCCAUGUCGGCAAUGCAUUUACUUUACAGAGCUACAAGAACUUCACGGCACUCGAGUUGCUACUCACCGACCCGUCCCUCGUACCGGUAGGACUACAGGUCGGUAGGCUAGAGGGGAGCGCCUUCAUCACGGGCUGGCUCCUUGAUGCCGUACUGCUCGUCCUCAUAGUCGGAUCUCUCUCAUUCGUCAGACGAUCGGGUCACUUUGAGGUGUUUUUCUGGACUCACAAGAUAUGUUACAUGUUGUUCUGGGUCCUUCUCAUACUACACGGGCCGAACUUUUGGUGUUGGUUUGUUGGCCCCGCCGUGUUGCUGCUUCUCGAGGCGUUCAGUGAGACAACAAUCGUCAAGGCACUUCGCUUCGGCAAGACAUACGUGAAGGAGGUUAACUUAUUACCUUCUGGUGUUACUCAUUUGGUCUUAACGAGACCAUCUAACUUCAAAUAUCAAGCAGGUGAUUACAUCUUCAUACAAAUUCCCAAGAUGGCACCCCACGAGUGGCACCCGUUUACAAUAAGCAGCGCUCCCGAGCAAAUGGAUGUUAUUUCUGUCCACGUACGGUCGGCCGGUAACUGGACCAAGUGCAUGUAUCAGUACUUCGAUCUGAUGACGUCAUUACAGCGUCCUCACAAGGUAUCCGUUCGAGGGAAUGUCAACCGUGGUUUUGAAAUGUCUUCGGCAACAGAGGGGGUAAAUGAUGGGACCAUCGCUACUGUAUUUGAAACAUCAAUUGAGAUACUGGAUGAUGACGGAGAUUCGGAGAUCAAAGAUGUUCACGAGGAUGGACCGCAAGUCUUGAAGAUCCGCAAGUUUCAGCCGCCCUCAAAAGUGAACCCUAGUGGCCCAGAUAUUGCACCUGGAUCAGCUGCGGAGAACCAGGAGCCAACUGUCAAGCCUACAGAAAUCCAGAACGAAGAACAAAAACGAAACUCCAGCAACAUGAAGUUUGAUUUGAAAACCAAGGGUAGAAUACGUGUUCAUAUCCAAGGGCCAUACGGUACCCCAAGCACCAGUAUCUUUCAGUCGGAGCAUGCCGUACUGAUUGGAGCAGGAAUUGGUGUCACUCCAUUUGCCUCCAUUGUCCAAUCCAUUAUUUACAGACAUCAUAGUAUUCUAAAUGAGUGUCCAAACUGCAAUCAUUCCUGGGUGGACAACGAGAAACAAGAGCGGGCACUCAGAGUAAAAAAGGUAGAUUUUAUUUGGAUGAACCGGAACUACAUGGCCUUCGAAUGGUUCGUCGACCUGCUGUUACAUCUGGAGAACGAACAGAGUCACUAUUCACUGGAUCGGUUCCUAGACAUCCACCUCUUCAUGACCGGUAUGAAGCGAUUUGACAUGAAGAAUAUUGGCCUCCAGAUGGCGCUAGACUUGGUUCACGAGAAGGAAGAACGUGACUUACUGACGGGGCUCCGGACCAAGUUGCAGGCUGGUAGACCUGACUGGAAAAAGCUCUUCAACAAGCUCAAGUCUGAGAACAAGGGGAAGGUAUCGGUGUAUUUCUGUGGGGCGCCAGCGCUGGGAGCAGUCAUCAGGAGCCACUGCAAUGACUUCAACUUUACUUUCCACAAGGAAAAGUUCUAAAAGAUAUAAGAGAAUCACAGAGAAAAGGAUAUAUUUUUGCCCGUAUUGGAUUGCCCAUGUUUCCCCCAUAAUGAUACCCACAAUAUGGGCCACUGCAUACUCUGCCCAUAAUAUGGGGUUGCCCACAUAAUUCCCAAGAUACCCAUUAUGGACCCUUAUUCUUGCCCAUUAUGGACCCUUAUUCUUGCCAAUAUGGGAAUAAUCACCAUAACCCACGCACAGAAGGGCCCAUAUAGGCCUAGGUACCACAUGGGUUGGCCCACAGCCCGGCCCAUAUGGCCCAGAUAUUUACAAUAUGGGCCACAUAAGGGCUUGCUAGGGAUGGAUUCCACAUCGUCUCUUACAUGGACAUAAACAGAUUGGUAUACACAAAAUACUUCUAUUUCCAAGUAAAGUGCAGACUUCAUGGUAUGAGUAUCAAUAUGCCAGCAAAUGACCAAUCUAUUGGUUCUGCUCACUGCCGUAUAUUAAAUUAAAUUAUACUAUAUUAUGGGUUAGUAAUUCUAAGAACGCUUUUGUUUUUAUUGUUUCUUUGCAUUGCGCUUCUUUUUAAUGUCAUGUAUGCAUAAUAUUGUAAAUAGAAAAGAGUUAAUAAUUGUAUUAUUUCCGAAUAAUAUUGUUGGUAUUAUUGGUAAUUUUUGUUGUGACUACCACUGAUUAAUAAUUUCACCCCAAUUCCCCAAGAAAAGAGGACUUCCACGUUUGUAAAAAUAAUAAACUUAUAAGAUCAUUUUAAGAAUCAAGAUGUUUGAAAAAAAGUGCACUCAAUUUCAAACCAACGCUAGGCCAAUAUACAGACUGUGUCUUAAAAGUUUAGCCCAUGCAAUGUGCCUCUUGUUGUACGUGUCCUGUGCUUUCUCAAUGAUCUAAAUUGUUAACAGGGAGAUUUGAGAAUUAGAAGCGAGUGAAUUUAAAGACACUGGACAUUAUUGGUAAUUGUCAAAGACCAGUUUUCUCACUUGGUGUAUCUCGACAUAAUAUG